AUGCCCAAUAUCCCUGUUCUGCUAGAAAUUGGUGCCGAGGCCUAUGCUUACCAGGAUCAAGUUGACGAAGUCAAAAAUCGCUUGAAUAUCAAGCAUAAAUACUUUGACUGCUGGAUUUAUGGUUUCUUAUCCAGCAAAAAUUUUAAAAUUGACGAGGCGGUGAAAAAGCUCGAUCGACGCAAGAAGUUCGAGCGAUUGCACCUCGGCACGCUGGAGAUCACGGAUUGGAUGAUGCACAAUCUGCAACGCGGUGGGAUUCAGGUCAUCGGCAUUAACAAGGAGGGCUGCUUGACGUGCUACGUGGUUCCUUCGCGUCUAAAUCUGAGAAGUUCGAGGCGGGAUGAGUUCAUGCGGAUCUUUGACAUAUGCCUCUGCUACGCUACUCACCUCCGCCCGGAGAGUAAGCGCUGCCAGAUUUCCUUGAUUGUCGACUGCAUGGAGUUAAGAUUAUACCAGAAUGUCGAUAUACCGUUUUACGUAAAUAUCUUGCAGCACAUCUACAAGUUCUAUCCCGGUUCCAUAGCUGAAAUAUAUUUUUGCGGGAUGAGCUUUAUUUUUGAGAUGUUAACGAAGGCGUUUUUCAUACAUUUGCUAAAUAUUGUCUCCGACCGUGUAAUUAUUCUAUCCAAACACGACAUUACGCGGGGAAAGAUGCUGGAAAUCUACGACGCGGCGAUCCUUCCGGAAGGAUUGGGAGGAACCAAUAAUUGUAUGAUGGAGGAAAGUUACAUAAACUUUGCCUAUACGCUUAAGAUUUUUUUCGAGGGCCUUCAGAGUGCUAUAAAGAGAGGGUAUGGCGUGAAGGAGUGGGAGCUGAUUACCCUUUACGGGAACAACUAUGGUGAUAAUAGCCUAACGUUUGAUCAUAUUAUGUCUGAGUUCAUUAGGGUUGACGUGGCAACCCCAUGUUUCUUCGGUAUCAACGAGCGCGAGCAUGGAUCCAUUUUCAACGCGUCUUUCAGCUCUUCCAGCGUUGUCGGCUAUAACGUCAAUAGCGAAGACUGCCGGAGUUGCUGCUCGUACGAUCCGAGUUUGUCUGGUGUCAAUUAUUCUUCACCAACGCUUGAGAUGGUACGCAUUCAGACGUACUCUCGAUUUCUUUUCGAGAAUUAUUUAAACCAGUUUAUUUCGAUCGAAAGGUUAUUUCGAACCCAUAUGUUGGAGCUGCACGGUCGAGAAUGGGCGCAGAUCCUGCAGCGCGAGAUCAAGGAGCGCCACCGCAUCCAGGAUUCUGAGAGAACCUUUAAGGACGAAGCUUUGUUUCGCCAAAUGACCCCGACUUUUUCCCUUUUGACGAGGGGACUAUUGAAUCUGUGCUUUAUGAGCUUAGUGUUUUAUUUUCUCCUCGCAACUUUUAUUAUCACCGCGGUGGGGUCAUCGUUGCUUCUCCGCAUUUUUUUAACCGCGCGCACCAGUAUAAAAUCGGCUCUUCUCUACAGCCUGAUGUUUCUUGGAAACGCCGUGCAGUUAACUAUGUGCUGCUCGCGUGGAUUCGACCUCGCUCGGGGCGCGCGCGAUGGUAGGUUCAUUCGGGCCUUUACCUUCUUCAGGAAUAGGUUCCUGACUUUCCAAAUCAUCGUUUGCGUGUGCUUCAUCGUCGAUUGCAUUGUCGUCUUCUGUGCUAUCUCGUAUAACAGUGGGGUAUUACUUGGGAUCCAGUAUACUACUGCGAUAGGAUGGAUCGUGGCGAUCAUAUUGAUAUUUUUCCACCAUUUUAUGUAUGUGUUUGAGGUUAAGAUGCUAAAUAAUCCUCCUCAUGCGUCGUAUAAUCGCCUAAAGUACGUAAACGUCUUGCCGUGCCUUUUUAUGACUAUCGACAUCGACGAUGAUGGAAAGUGUUACCCUCACACUAUGGUGACCAUUGUGUUGAUGAUUGUCUUAAUCGUGAAUUUGUUUUCAGGUUUCAAUUUCAUUGUUUCUGGGGGGGUAAUAUCAAUGUGUAUCUUCUCCGUGUCGCUCUCGGUGUUCACUCUUUUAUAUUUUACACUCACACUUUCCAGCAAUAUUAAUCUAUUCAGCAGUCUAUCCAUCGCCGCGUCCUUCUAUGCGUGUAUUUUUUGGAUGAGCACACCCUACCUCAUGAGGGAUUGGAUACAGGCUGGGGACCACAGUAGUUUGGCCAUAUUCAGUUCUCUCCUCGUCUUUUUUAUCAUAACAUCGGCGUUUUUAAACGUCCAUGUACCACUAUAUUCCAGGCUCGGGUUUGUAUUUUUCUUCUGCCUUUUUUUAAUAUAUAUUUUUCUUUUUUGUGCAUUCGCGAUUGUUUUGUAUCUGUACAAUUAUCGUGCGGCGAUCUUUCUGGAACCUUCCAUAGCUUAUAUCUUCUUUACGCUUAUUCGCACCACUCCCGCCACUAACAACUAUGGCAUCAUCUUGAUGAUCACAACCUUCACACUGGUGCUGCUGAUUUGUUGCAUCACCGCAGAGCGGGAUUUAACAGAGCUUUACAAUUACUCGUUGAAUAGUAUGCCGGAACGGAAUUACCUUGACGGGUUUUCGUUCCCGUCAACCUAUUUGCCUAACUAUAACACCCCAGCCCAGGUCAGCCCUCAGAAGGCGGUCGGCUCCACGCUUCUGCCUGUCUGUCUCACGCGGUUUCCGACGGACGAUCUCUCGGUUGUGAGUAUGGCGUUUUUUCUUAAGCUAGGCUUCAACCUCGACGCUGUAUCCCAGUUAAGGGAUCUGAGGAAGUGGUUUCCUGAUUUCCAUCGUGUUCGGUCGUUCAGCGUCGACGAAAAAGGCCCUUGGGAGACCUUAGCCUUCCGGCGGGAGGCGCCUGCGUACAACACAACCGUCAUCGCGGUGCGCAUCACCUCGGAUCGCCUGAGAUUGAUCGAGUCGAUUGUCUUUUGCGUUAACGACUACAUCCUAUCAUUUUUUAGUUUCGCCAUGCCUGAAACGAUACUAUCGCACGUCCGUUUUUUUCUUUAUUUCUUUGAAAAAAUAUUGCCACUCUCGGUGAAGGAACCCGCGGAGUCGUUGGCUAAUCAUCUGAAUAACUACUUGGAAAGCCUCAACGGGACGGGGGAGUAUGUAUAUGUCGUAGCGCGAGGACCUGUUGGUGCAAUGGUGAUAAUGGACACCCUACAAAACAAACAAAUGAACGCAGUGCUGUUUUCUCCACCACAAAUUAGUGAGCUGGGGAGGAAAAUGCGCACUGGAUUGCAUACUUUCCUUCACCGCAUUAUUUCUAUUAAAACGAGCGGUAGUCUUUUCUUUUCGUGGUUCUCAGAUGACCCACUCUCACAGACAAUUCCUUGCACGAAUGCCCACGGAAUGUGUGAGAGUAUUGAUAACAGCAUCCGAGAGCUCAGUAGCCUUUGUGAUACAUCUAUUAAAUAA